AUGUAUCAACAAAAACCUUCGAGAAAUUAUGCAAAUAUGGCUUGCACUGAAUGUGUAAAGUCAAAGAGAAAAUGUGAAGCCAAUUCUUCUUAUCAACAAUGUACAAGGUGUUCACUUAAAAAUCUAAAAUGCACUUAUUCUCCAUCUAAAAAACGUGGUCCAAAACCAAGGCGAAACACUUUUGGAAUUAUAACGGAAUUUCAAAACGAUGGAGAUUUUAAUCAACAGGUACCAGAAUUAAGUAAAGAGGCUAUUUUCGAAAAUGAUAUUGUAUACGGUCUUCAGCCGUUAGAAGAAAUUAAGCCAGUAUUAUCAGACAGAUGUGCAAAUUGCUAUGAGCAAAAAAAAGCAUGCGUACAUAGUGGAAUACCAGGAAAAUUCAGGUGUGAGCGAUGCCGAAAGAGAAAAACUGCGUGUUUGAUUCAAUGCAUAGAGUGUUAUAAAAAAAACAAAAUCAAAAAUGAAAAGAUUCCUCGAUGCAUUAAUUGUAAAAUGACUGUAGAAGAUCCACCUCUUGACUAUAAUUUUAUUCGAGAAGAUGACAAAGUAUAUCUGGAAUUUAGCAAUAAUACUAAAAUAGAAAUUACUCAAGAAAAAUUUAGAGAUCUAUUGAAAUUGCAAAAAACUGGAUCUAAUUUUACAUCAACAUCCCUUGCCGAUCCUAAUAUCCAACUACAGUCGUCCACUGUCGACUCAGAUCACUCUUUACGAAUUAAUACUACACCCAAUGAGCCACUUCCUUGGUCGGAUCCAAAUUAUUCGCUUCAGCUUGGGGCCCUUCAACCUUUUGAUACCGAUUUUACAUUUGAAUAUUUCUUUUAUCCGUCCGAAAAUCUUGAAUCGUUUCCAUAUUGCGAUAUUAACGAACCGUAUCCAUAA